AUGGCGGAUCGCAGCGCCAGUAGCAGCCCCGGUGGAAAACGAACUCCUCGUCGCGCCGCCACAGCAGAUGAAGGUCUGCUUCAGUUCAGGAAUUCUACCGUCAGUCGAGCUAGUAGUAGGAGUAGAAGAGGAGAGAUAGCUUCAGGGUCCUUACGAGGAGGGGAUCCUGCGUAUGCUUCAGCCAGAGCUUCCGCCGCAACAGACGAUUCAAGCUCUUCAACAGAUCAAGCGUUCAAGCGGACAUCCACGUCCAAGAUUUCGCAACGGUUCAAGAGAACCAACACCAAGUCCACCAUGAGCAGUACGAAUACUGCUGCUAGUGGUGGUGCUAGCAAUGGUUCAGGAGGUUCUUCAGGAGGAGGUGACAAGGACAAGAAGAAGAGCUCUUCCAGUUCUUCCAGCAAUUCAGACAAGAUUAAGGAUUUCAUGAACAAGUUCCAAGCGGCUGAAGGAGGCUCUUUACUAGCUACGGAUACGGCCACUGCUAGAGGAAGAUCUAGAAGAACUGGAAUUCUUUCUGCGACGGAAGAGGAGAAUGAUGGACCUCACAAGAGAUCCUCCAGCGCCAGUGGUGCAAGUCGAAGACGAGAUAGAAGCAGAGAUAGAAGCAGAGAUAGAAGCACCAGCCGAAGGGGCAGAUCAGAACGAGAUACAGGAGGAGGUGGAGGAAGAUCUAGAAGCCGCAGCAGAGCUGGUAAGAAGAAAGAAAGAAGAUCCAGUUCCGUCGAUGCACUCAGUAAAGGUGGACGAAGAGCUCCUGUAGCUCUCGCCGAUCUCAAAAAGCUCCAUGCCAACAAGCACCAACCACCCAAACCCAAUGCCAAUGCCAGCAAUCAUGUACCCAAGGCAUAUCUAGAAAGAGGCAAUUCAGAUGCAUCGGCUAAUCUCAAUCUAGUAGAAGCAGCAGAUACUGGUGCAUCCACCAACAAGUCAGCAACUACAAGAAUGGACGAAAGUCAAAAAAGCGCUGGCGGCGAUGCCUUUGACUUUGAUGCUCCCAUGCGAACCCCUGCCAAAGAAUCAGGACUCCUUGGUAGUUUGCGCAGCAAUGCAAGUACAGGUAGUAGUACCUCCAAUGACACCAAGAAGAAGGAGGGAACUGGAAACAUCUUCUCCACCCGUCAAGACUUGAGAGAAGUCGAUCAAUCGGUCAACCUCAUGGAUGCCGAAAGUGGAAACUACCAAUCCAGCAGGCGCAGCACCGCAAGCACUGCCACGGAAGGAAGAAGUGGAAGGCGAAAACCACGCAAGAGCAUCUUGCAGGCCAUGUUUGGGGGCAACGUCAACGCAAGAGAUUCGGCCGCCGAAGAAUCCAUGAAGAACAUUGAUCUUGGACCCGAUCCGACCAAACGACGCAUGACACACUUUUACUUGCAGCAACAAGCUGCACGAAGAGACAAUCCAUGGGGACGAUGCAAAGAAACCAUGACGCCACUAUGGAAGUUCCUAAGAAGGACCAUUUGCAGUGCCCCAUUCUUGACCAUGAUUGUCAUUAUUGUGACGCUGGUCUUUUGGAUACCCUUCCUACAAGACAAGGUCAACAGUAUGCCGGCACCGGCGCCAGAACCAGUAGUAACAACACCCCAGCCAACCAAGGCGCCCGAAACACCCGAACCAACACAAGCACCCAAGACACCAGAGCCCACCAAGGCGCCCGAGACCACACCCGAACCGACGCCCGCCAAACCACAAGAAGAAGAAGUCGCCGUGGCCGACAAGUCGGCGCCACAAUCCGAACAAGGCACCACGACGAACAAGCCGCCGCCGCCGGGACAAGAAGGGGAACAAGUCAAAUCGGUUUGGACCACCAUGAUGGACGUUAUCACGGGCAAUGAUGAUGGCAAUAAUGAACCAAAACAAAAGUCCAACUUUGGACAAACAUCAAAGACAGGAGGAGACGAUCAAAGCACUACAAGAUCACAUUCCAGCUUUGGACGGGCUGACAACCCGAACAAGAAAAAGAACAAAACAGAUUACAACAUUUCCGAGGUGGAAUUGGAUUACGUGGAUCGAUACUAUGCAUUGCAUGACCUAGUCUUGGAGAACAAUCUCACCGAUCCAAUGGUUCUCGACGAUCCUGAUUCCAGUCAGUACAAGGCAUUGCAUUGGAUGAUUAUUGCCAGUGACUUGGGUGGCGGAAUCGGAGGCGGAGGAGGCCGAGACGAGGACACUACAAGGAGACUCGAGGAGGACGAUUCGACUAGGUCACAAGGUGGAAUGGCAAACAGCGGGACAAGACGGCUAGAUAGUGGCAGCAAUGGUCAAGGCAAUGGCCGUGGUGGGGAAAUGACGGAUGCACACGCUAUUGAACGAUACGUCGCUGCUGUUCUCUUCUUCUCGACGCACAAUCUCACGGACACGGAGCUGUGGAAUUUGCUCAUUGGCAUCGAUGGAUGGACCAUUGGGAACAGUAGUAGUGAUGCUUCUACCAGAACCGUCCAUGAUGCCAUUGACUACUGGAACAAGAGCGACAUCUACGAUCAUUGGAAUGACACAAGUGGCGACAGUGGUGAUAGUGGUGAUGGUGGUGACAGUGGAGACAGUGGCGAUGGUUCUCACAGCAACAGCUCGAGUACCGAUGAGCGACCUUCCAAUAGCUCGAGUACCGAUGAACGGCCUUCCAAUAGCUCGAGCACGGAUGAGCGACCAUCCAAUAGCUCGAGCACGGAUGAGCGGCCUUCCAAUAGCUCGAGCACGGAUGAAGCACCAAAUGUGACUCCCCGCACGGCUGGAGGAGGAGGAGGCCCACCGAACAAACCACCGAAACCAGAUGGCCAGAAUGGCGGACCGCCUCAUCCUCCACCAGGAUUAAAUGGAACCCUCCCUGGCAAUGGCACAAACCCAUGGCCGCCAGGAAACUCGACAGGAGGUCCAGGACACGGGAAUGGCACUUCCGCAGGAAAUGGAACCCAUCCAUCUGGUUCUCCGCCACCAAAGGGCAAAGCCAAAAAGAGGACUGCUGGAGGCUUGUCGUCACCAAAGCCACCGGCAGCACAGCAGUCGAUUAGCAGCUCACCUUCGGACGUACCGUCAGUUAUUCCAUCCGCCGCGCCUUCGGAAUCAUCGGCUCCGUCCAGCACCCCGCCGCACACGGCCCCUCCGGUUCAUGUUCACUCGUUGUCGACGAGGCUAUCGAGCCAGAAUCAGAAUACCCCACAACAUCUACGCCAUCUGGGCAAGGGCCCCAGCAAUGGCAAGGGCCCCAAGGGCAAGGGCAAUUGGCUGGUGUCUGGUAAUAUUUGCAAGUGGAAAGGAAUCGAAUGUGAUGAUGACGACUUGGUCACCGAAAUUGACUUGUCCAAUCAUGGUCUCAGUGGUACCAUUCCUACCGAAAUGAGAGGAUUCGAGCAACUGGUCGAGUUGGAUCUGAGCGGUAACAGCUUUUAUGGACCCAUCCCGAGCGAGCUAGGUUCCUUGGCGAACCUCGAAAAGCUGGCUCUCCAGGAGAACACUCUUUCGGGCGCCAUUCCCGCCGCACUAGCGGAUGCGCCCCUUGAGGCGCUGUACUUGGAUCACAACCAUUUGGGUAGCAGAAUACCCACAAGCCUCGGCAAGCUGGAAAACAUGACAGAGCUAUAUUUGAGCCACAAUCAUCUCCAUGGAAAGAUCCCCGCAGAGCUGGAAACUGGACUACUGAAGAUAAAGAAACUACACUUGCAGAUCAACAAGUUGACAGGUCCAGUGCCCGCCUUUGCAUCCAAUUAUGAGGACUUGGAGACACUUCGAUUGCACCACAAUUCCCUGACCGGUACGAUUUCAGACUCUCUUUGCUUGGCUGUUUCCGACAACAGCCUGCGCUAUCUGACGGCCGACUGCAGCGACGGAGGCUCAGUAUCUUGUGUUUGUUGCCACAAGUGCUACUAG